AUGCGGGUCGUGGUGUUCGGCUCGGGGUCGUUCGGCACCGCGAUGGCGAGCGUCGUGGCGAGGAACGCGCGCGAGGUGGUCAUCGUGACGCGACGCGAGGACGUCGCGCGCGGGAUAAACGACGCGCGCGCGAAUCCGAGCCAUCUGAGCGCGUUCGAGCUCGCGGCGAACGUCACGGCGACGACGGACGCGGACGAGGCGCUGCGAGGGGCGGACGCGAUCGUGCACGCGAUACCGAUGCAGGGGACGGAGGAAUUCUUGAUUGGCGUGCGGGACGCGGUGCGGGCGAGCGGCGCGCUCUUCGUGAACACGAGCAAGGGACUGCGCUCGGACACGCUUGAACUCAUGCACGAGGUGCUGGAGCGAGUGCUAGGGAGGGAACAUCCGUGCGCGUUCUUCGGAGGACCGACGUUCGCGACGCAGUUGAUGGACGGGACGCCGAGCGGCGGCGUCAUGGCGGCGAAGGAUUUGGCGCUCGCGAAACGCGCGGCGGCGUUGUUUUCGGGACCGAAGAUGCGGGUGUAUCCGAGCACGGACGUCGUGGGCGUGGAGAUAGGCGGUGCGUUGAAGAAUGUGAUCGCGAUCUUAGCGGGAGGGCUGGAGGGGAUGGGGUUGGGGGUGAACGCGCAGACGUUGUUGGUGACGCGCGGAUGCCGAGAGAUGACGCGCCUGGGCGUCGCGAUGGGGGCGAAGGAACACACGAUGGCGGGGCUUUCGGGGAUCGGUGACUUGAUGCUGACGUGCUUGGGCGAUGCGUCGCGCAAUAAAGCCGUGGGAAUCGCGUUCGGGCGAGGGAAGAAGAUUCAAGAUAUUCUCAACGAACGCGCGCAGUCGCUUCAAGGCGUCGCCGAGGGCGUCGCCACGGCGCCCGCGGCGGAGCGCCUGGCUGAAAAGCUCGGUGUUUCGGCGCCCAUGAUGUCCACGUGCGCGCAGUGUCUACGCGGCGAACUCGACGCGAAGGGUGCGUUGGAGCAGUGCAUGUCGCUGCCCAUCAAGGAGGAUGCACCGCUCGAGGAGAGAAAAAGCCUGUCGGAAAAGGCACGGCCGUUCGCGUCGCACGUCGUCGCCGCGCUCGCGGGCGCGCUGACGGCGACGGUUAUGGGCGCAGGCAGGCGGCGCCGAUCGUGA